CAUCAUUGAGUUUAUUGUAGCAAAACUUUUGUGACUUUCAAAAUUGAUAAUUGUUUUUAGUUAGUGUGAAUAGAAUUCACUAUGAAACGUCAAAACCGCCCAUCGACAACAUCAUCUGACAGCAGUCGAAAAUUGUCUUCCAUUUUAGGAACGUCAGAUUAUUCUUUAUCUUCAAGUGACACUAUUACAAACUCGUCAGAAACUACUAAGAGAUCCACUUCAUCAAAUACGAGCAACAGUCUUUUGCAAAAGUCUGACCCUUCAGUGUCAUCGAAUGAUACUACGUCGUUUUUUUCUCAAUACAGCAGUAGCAAAGCCUCAAAUACAAGUACCCGCUCUCGUCAAUCAACAUCUGAUACAACCAUUUCAUUUUCAACGUCAACAGUGAAGACAGCUAAAAAAUCUGUGAUCACUCAAGCUAAAGCACCUGAUAAGGUACCUGAUAAAGAACCUGAUAAAUCAAUUGCUAAAACUACUGCUGAAACAACUGCAAAAGCAACUGUUAAAUCAGCCACUAAAGAUAGCCGUCGAACAUUAUCUCCUGAUGAUGACCCAACCACUACAACCCAGCCGAGCACAAAUCCAGCUAGUUCCGAUAUCACUCGUGCUGAGGUUUCGAAGUUUGCUGACUACGUGGAGGAUUUUGAUAGAGAAAACUCAAUAUAUAAGAUUAAGAUUUUAGUGGCUGUUGCUGUCGCUGUGCUCUUGGCAAUAUUUUUUUUUUAUUUGUACAAAUCACGCCCAAAAAAGUAUAUUAACGGAAAGAGGAUUGUAACCUUUUUAGGCGGUCACUGAUCUUAUCUGAUUUGGUGGAUAAGGAAUUUUGUCGACUACACACAGAAGUUGAUCAUGGACUUGGCAAAAAAUAUUAAAAUUAAAAUUUGGUAAAAAUUACUUAAAUAAA